UUUUCUUUUACUCUGUGCCAAAUACAGUAGUGCUUCGACAUGGCUUCAAAUAAGGACAGAAAGAAAACAAAAAAGGCGAACAACGUGGACGAAAACUCUGAGCCUCAACUUUUAUUUCAAGAGGUAAUAGAAGAAACUGAUGUUUUGGAUCUUAAUUUAUAUUCGGACAUUAAUGAUGACUUUUUUAAUGAAGCUAACCGGGUAGUCCAGUUUCUUAUGGAAGCUAAAAGACAUUUUGAAGCAUCGCGAAUUAAGCGAUAUAGUGACAUUAUUUUUAAUCUUCAUCGUCGGUAUGUAGAAGAAGUAAAUGAUAAUGAAGUUUUACGUCCCCAAAUAUUGUCAUCGGAAAAAAAGUUACGGCUUGCUCUUGAACUGACUUCAACAUCAGAAGAAGCUAUGCAAAAACUCAGAGAUUUGUUGGGGGAUGCCUGGAAAGAAUCUGACGCAUCAGCUUUACGAGAACAGUUAGUGCAAGAAAAAUUACAGGAAGUUUUAAUUAAGUGUGAAGGCCUGGGAGACCGAAACAGUGGUACAACUGAUGACACAGCUGA